AUGUCGGGAGUGCAUUUUUUGGUUGGCAUUUCUACCAAGGAUUAUGUGAUACUGGCAGCGGAUCGAUCCUCUUUCGCACAUGGAUUCCUCGUCGUCGCUGACGAUCAAGGGAAGAAAUUUACGCUUGGCGAUCGGCUUGCAAUGCUCUGUAUGGGCGAAGGUGGUGAUGUAGCACAGUUCGGAGAUUGGUGCAUGCGAAAUAUUCAGCUUUAUAAGCUUCGAUAUGGCUAUGAAAUAAGUCCUCGUGCAAGCCAUCACUGGAUUCGUCGAGGUAUUGCCGAAGCAUUGCGAACUGAGGAUUACUACACGGUGGAUGCACUGAUCGGCGGAUAUGAUACAAUCGAGAAGAAAGCAUUUCUCGGAUCUGUCGAUUAUCUUGGUAACGGUAUAGCUGAUCAG